AAACAAUGUAAAAUGUGAAGCAAUUUCGUUCUCCAAAACGGUCUGGGCGAAAAUGACAAUGGCGUCGGUUGCAACCCCAAUCUACUCGCAGGCCGCUUUGUGUCACUCUUCCUUCGGAACAGCUCCUCGCCUCCUCCCUCGACCCCGUCAAUCCGUUUUUCUGCAUCCCUACGGAUCGUCUCCACUUCCUCAAUCAUGUUUUCCCCCAUUUUCCGAUCGUUUCUUAUCAGAUUCGGUACGGACGAGACAAUCGACUUGCGCCGCCCGAUCAUCCGCCACGGAGAGACCGGAAGAAGAAGAAGAUCCGAACUGGGAUGCGCCGCCAGAUGAGGAAGUCGAGGAUUUGGGCGUCAGAGUGGCUUUGUCCGUGCUCAAGUUCUACAAGAGAGAAAUUUCGCCGUUAAUGCUGCCAAGCUGUCGGUAUGUGCCUACGUGCAGUGUGUAUUCGAUGGAGGCAUAUAAGAAGUAUGGAGUAUUAAAGGGAACAAUUUUGACUGCUUGGCGUCUCUGCCGUUGCAAUCCUCUCGGUGGCACUGGAUUUGAUCCUCCAAGGUGGUUUGGCGAGGAAAAGCCACAUGAGAAACCUUAAGCAACACGAACAAGUACUUGUAAGUGCGGCCGGAAUUAUAACAGCUGGGGAUUGAUGUAGAGGUUGUGGAGAGUAUGAUGUAAGAUCUCAAAAUUGUAUGCUGUUAAAUACCCCAUCAUAUGGCCUAAGCAUAGCAAUGAAUUGUAGUUUUUUUUCUUUCUUAUUAUAUAAUUUAAUUAUUUUUACUAACAAGUAUUUAUAUGUGUGUUUCCUUGUUAAAUAUCGGGUGAGGUAAGUAAUUUAUUUUUACAAAGUAUUUAUUAAUGCUUGAUUUAACCUGAAAGUAUUAGAUAACUAAUAAUUCAUCUAAUAAUUGAAAUGCUUUGUAGAUUAGUUGGGCUGAGAGGUGUGGUUUGCAGUCGAUUAUUGGGUCUCCAAUACAACAAUGUAGUUAGCAUGAAGCACUAGAACGCCCUUUUACAUACUUGUGAUCACAUUAAAUGUUUGAUGAGAUACAAAGAUUCAUAGAGUCCGUGACAACCUUUAUAGAGAAGAUUCAAACACACCAUGAUUGCACUUGCAGUGAGAUCAACAAAUCAGGUGCGGUGCAAUCGCCUCCGUAACUAUAGGGAAUUUUUCCCUUCGUGAAA